UUUCGGCGACGUAGUGGAUCGUCUGCGGGUUGAUUUGAUUGAAUCAUAGUGAACUUAUCCCCAAAUAGUAUAAGGUUAUGUCAAGCUCGGCUAGCCAUCCGGAUCCACCCAUUAGCACCGUGGGGCAUAUGAUGUAAUAUCCCCUCUCAAACAUGAUAUAAGAUCUUCAUCCAUCCCAUUAUUCUAUCCCGACCUUUGGUUUCCUCUCUUCGAUCUGUACAACCCAAUCUAUCCCAUUUAAACCACAGCACACAUCGUGGACACCCAUUCUCACCCUACCGUCAACAACCUCAUCGUCCUACUCCACCACAAAACAUUCACCCAACCACCUCCUCAAUCAACCAGAAUGUCCACAAUCCACUUCCCCCACCGCUUCCUCCCCGGCACGACCGAAAACUUCGUAUCCAACGAGAUCUACGUCCCCAAGUUAACCGCCUCCCGGGUAUGGCCGAACCUGAUCACUCCCUCCCGCUGGACAUCCUACUACAGCAACGUGGACCAAGUAACACCACCCCCAACCAACGACGGAACGUUCCAAAACCCCGGCGACAGGUUCAGUUUCGCGACGUUCGGAUUCCCGCCUCUCCAAGCAGAGAUCUGCGAAUGCGUGGCGCCCACAGCAACGUCACCGGGCCGGUUAGCCUGGCGCGCAUGGCAGGAAGGAGACGAGGAGACAGCGCUGGAGGUGUAUCAUGCGUGGAUUGUGGAGGAUAUGAAGUGGGGAGUGGUGAGGAUUCUAACGCAGGAAGUGCAGGCAGGAAAGCCGGCUGCUGGGUUGGCGGAGAAGAAGCCGAACCCGAUGCUUUUGGGACAUCAGGAGUGGGUGGAUGGGUUGGGGAGGUUUAGUUUUGAGAAUUAAUCCAUUGAGAAGGGGCGGGUUAAGGGUGUUGGUAUCCCUGUACAUAGUAUGAAGGUUUCAUGGGGAUGGUUUCGCGGUUUGUUGCAUUCUUUGGUAGUGGUCGCAGACAUGGUUGGAUCAUGAAUGAAGGGUCGAGGGAGGGUUCAAAGAGACCCUGGCAUGUCCAUAUCUAUCCCUUGCUGAUGCUUUGU